AUGAAGCUGUUGCACCUUCUCCUGCCAGUGCUAGCCUUGUUUACGCUGUCACUGGCGCAGGGCAACGACUCGCUGGCUUCGCUGGACUCUGUGCCUGCUUGUGCUCAAGUAUGCGGCUUCAACGCCUUGGCCAACUCGUACUGCGUAAAUGUACCCCUGGAUCGUCUGAGCGAAUGCACAUGCAACAACCCAGAGAUGGGCGCCGAGACGACCAAAUGCGUGGUCGAAAAGUGCACCGUCAAGGAGUCGCUGGCCGCGCUGCGCUUCUCCAAGCUGUCCUGCGGCCAGCAGCCGCGCGAUGACCGCCGCACCUACUACGUCGUCACCAUAUUCUUCGCCGUCAUGUCGAGCUUACUGGUGGUUGCCCGGCUCGUCUACAAAGUCGUGACCUUUGGGUGGCUGGAGCUGGGGCUGGAUGAUCUGUUCAUCUCUCUCACGAUAAUCACGGGCGUCGUACCCAGCGCCAUCAUCACCACUCGCGGAGCCUUGCCCAACGGGUUGGGCGUGGACAUAUGGGCGGUGCCGGUCGACAACAUCUACACGUUUUUAAAGUUCCACUUUGUGGUCAGCAUCAUCUACUUCCUGCAGGUCGGCCUGCUCAAGAUGUCGCUGCUCUUCUUUUACAUGCGCAUAUUCCCCGCCAAGGAGAUACAGCGCGUGCUUUGGGCCACGGUGGCCUUCAACGCCGCCGUCACCAUCAACUUUGUGCUCAUGAUCGCCCUGCAGUGCGCUCCGAAGCCUCAGCUCUUUUGGACGGCGUGGGACGGCGAGCCCCAGCACCAGGGCAAGUGCAACUUGAGCUUCACCGACGUGAGCCUGGGCAGCGCGGCCUUUAGCAUCGCCAUUGACGUGUGGAUGCUGGCAGUGCCGAUAUGGGAGUUGAGGAAGCUGCAGUUGCACUGGACAAAAAAGCUCGGGGUGGCCAUCAUGUUUGCCACGGGGACAUUCUUCACCGUCCUCAGCUGCAUCCGCCUACGCAUCCUGGCCGAUGUCACGCGCACCCUGGAGAACGUCACCUACGAUCAGCUCGAGAUCUCCAUCUGGUCCUGCGUCGAGAUCACGGUCGGCAUCAUCUGCGCCUGCAUGCCCACCAUGCGUCUUCUCAUGGUCCGCCUGUUCCCGGCGCUGUCUGGCUCCACCGUCCGCAGCUACGCCGUCAACAGCCGCAGCGACGCCGGCAAGUCCGCCUACGCCCGCGCCAGCAGCAGGCGCCAGAGCCACGUGCUCAGCAGCGGCACCAACGGCGGCAAGGACGCAGACGACACGGCGUCGGGCCAGCCGCCCUUUCCGCUGCGUACCCUGAAUUCCGGCACCACGGUCGGCCACGUUCGGUCCCUGUCUCCGAGUCUGUCGAUCCCGCCGGGCGCCAUCAGGAUGGAGAAGGACUACUCGGUCGUGUCGACGCCGCAGGUUCUACCUGCUGCUGGUCGGAGCAGCAUACCGACCGACUCUGACGAUGACCAAACGAGGCUUGUCAUCAUGGGCAACAGUGACUUGUCGAAGUCGGCGUCGGUGAAGAGUACUACCAAUGCGAAGCGGAAGUAA